AAUUGGCGCCUAAAAGGAGGCUUUCAGCUCUCUUACUAACCCCGUUUUCUUUUCGGGUUUUCUUCUGUUCGGGUUUUAUCGCUCGUCACUGCGCGUGCGGGGUGUUUCGAGAAUCGGAAACCAAACCCUAACCAUCCAGCUCUCAAUCGGACUCUCGAGAAGGAAGGGGAGAGUGUCCUCUGCAACUACUUAGCUUGUUUCCGGUUGAACCUCUGCAGUUGCUACUGGUAGAGUAUUAAGUCCAUGUCAUGGAAAAUUCAAGCCCUCCUGUUGUUAAAAAGACAAAACGAUUGACAUCUCUUGUGUGGAAUGACUUCGAAAGGGUUAAAAGGGCUGAUGCUUGUUAUGCUGUUUGUAAACAUUGUAAAAAGAAACUUAGUGGAUCAAGUACCAGUGGAACAUCACAUUUGAGAAAUCACUUGAAAAGGUGUCGGAAAAGAUCUAAUCAUGACAUUGCUCAAUUACUUGUAGUAAGAGAAAAGAAAAAAGAAGGAUCCCUUGACCUUGAAAACUUUAAUUUUGAUCAAGAGCAGAAGAAAGAUGAGACCCUUAGUCUUGAAAGUUACAAGUUCGAGCAAGAGCGUAGUCGCCUUGAUCUUGUGCGCAUGAUCAUUUUACAUGGGUAUCCAUUGGCCAUGGUUGAACACAUAGGGUUCAAAGUAUUUGUUAAGAAUCUUCAACCAUUGUUUAAGUUUAUGUCAUCUAAUUCUGUUGAGGCUGAUUGUAUGGACAUUUAUGUGAAAGAGAAACAAAAAGUGUAUGAGAUGUUGGACAAAUUGCCAGGCAGACUAAGUCUUACUGCUGGUAUGUGGGCUUCAUGUGAAAAUGGUGGAUACCUAUGUUUGACAGCACAAUACAUUGAUGAGACUUGGCAAUUACAGAAAAAGAUUCUGAACUUUGUAAUGGUUGAUCCUUCUCAUACAGAAGACUUGCUUUCAGAAGUUCUUAUGACAUGUUUGAUGGAAUGGGAUAUUGACCGUAAGCUGUUUUCCAUGACACUUGAUGAUUGCUCCACCAAUGACAAUUUUGUCUUUAGAAUUAGAGAUCGGCUUACUCAGAACAGGUUGCUUUUGAGUAAUGGUCAAUUAUUUGAUGUACGUUGUGCAUCACAUAUCCUCAAUCUGAUUGUUCAAGAUGCAUUGGAAGCAAUAAAUGAAGUUAUCCACAAGAUCCGUGAAAGUGUUAGAUAUGUUAAAAGUUCACAAGCACGGCAAGAAAAAUUCAAUGAGUUGGCCCAACAAGUUCGUAUUUAUAAUGAAAAGGGCUUGUGCCUUGAUUGCCCAAUGAGAUGGAAUACAACGUAUCUGAUGCUUGCAGUGGCCUUAGAAUACAGGGAUGCAUUUUCUCUUUUGCAAGAACAUGACUCUGCCUACACAAUGGCACCGUCUGAUAUAGAGUGGGAAAGGGUAAGUACCAUUUGCAACUAUUUGAAACUCUUCUAUGAAGUUUCAAAUGUUUUCUCUGGGAUCAAACAUCCAACUGCAAACUUAUAUUUUCCUGAGAUUUGUGACAUUCAUUUACAAUUGAUUGAGUGGUGCAAAAGCUCAGAUGUUGUUAUUAGUACUAUGGGACUGAAGAUGAAAAGCAAGUUUGAUAAAUACUGGAGCACUUGCAACUUGGCUUUAGCAGUAGCAGUCAUCUUGGAUCCUCGGUUCAAGAUGAAGUUGGUAGAAUAUUACUAUCCACAGAUUUAUGGUAGUAGUGCUUCUGAACGCAUCAAGGUUGUUUUCGACAGUAUUAAGGAACUCUACAAUGAAUAUUCAAUCUGUUCAACGUUAGCAUCACUUGAUCAAGGUUUAGGCUGGGAAGUUCGAGGUAACAACAGGUUUACUGGCACCUGCUUACCUAGUGUUAACAAUGACAGGCUUAGUGGGUUUGACAAGUUUCUAAAUGAGACUUCUAAUAGCCAGAGGGCCAAAUCUGACUUGGAUAAAUAUUUGGAAGAACCUGUUUUUCCUCGCAAUUUGGAUUUUAAUAUAUUGAAUUGGUGGAAAGUUCACAUGCCAAGAUACCCUAUCUUAUCUAUGAUGGCUCGUGAUGUACUGGGGAUUCCCAUGGCAACAGUACCAUUGGGAUCAACAAUCAGUGUUGGAGAUAGGGUACUUGAUCCUUACCGGAGUUCAUUAAAUCCAGACAUUCUACAGGCCUUGAUAAGCACUCAGGAUUGGUUACAGACUGAGCUAGAAGGUUUGCAUUCAUCUUCAAGCCAUUCUGUUUUGUCCUUGUGCCUGGACGCAAAUUAGGACAUGCUUGGUUGAGGAUCACUCAAGUGGAAGGUGGAAGCUAAUUGUUUCAGGACCUUUUUCCUCCUUUAGGCAAAACUUGGACUAAAAUUGCAGAGUGUUUGAUGUUAUUUGAAGAACCAAUGUUGACUCUGAAUUCUUAUGGUAAUAUUGUUAUUUUCAUAAAUUUUUGAAGUCAGUUCUUUCAUGCUUCAAUUAGUGUGGAUAAUCUACAUCUGAUAUUUUUACAGGUAUAUACAUGCUUUCCAAUGGCCAUGUAGAUUAUUAGAGCUGAUAUGUAUUAAAAUUUGGUUUUUAUGGAAUGUUAUAAUAUUGAUUGUGCAAGAGAUGAUUCCAUGCAUCUUGUCUUACCUAGUUACAAACUUACAAUGGACUGGGUUCAUGCUUGGUUUGGUAGUAGUAGCAUCAACUGCCAAGGUAAACUUGUCCCUGCUCAGGACUGAAAAGGUGGCAAGUUUGGGUAAUUUGCAGGUUGCCCAGCUAAGAAUUGGAGUUGCUCUUGGUCGACCUCACCAGAUUGUUGGCCGUUUCAAGAUACCUAGCCCCCCUCUUCUGGUUGUGAUGCAUUUGUCAUUUGGAUUGGUUUUUGAACAGGUUCAAUGCUCUCAAGUUCAUCAUAGCUUACUUAAUUCUUGUUAUA